ACUCCUCGUUGCCCCGUGAAACGGAAGACCUUCUUCCCCUUCCCGCCCCAUGGAGGACCAAAACCAGGGAACCCCCCAAACGGCCGGUCGCCAUCCCGCCGGAGAACCGGAAGACGGCCCCGAUGUGUCCGUGGAAGGCAACCUGGACGUCGUCCCGCCGAUGUCCAUCAGGCUGGAGAAAGUUCCCCAGCUCACCGACUACCUCUCUGGCCUCCCCUCCUACACAAAUCCUGUCCAGCAUAACCAGUUCUACCAUCCGACGGACGGCUUCUACCUCUCGGCGUCCGACGUUGUUAUCCAGAAAAUCUUCUUCGACCUCUCUGCCGUGCCUUUCCGAUGCUCGACCCCCAACCUGCUGUACCCGCGAGCCGGACCGCGCUCGGAGAUCCGCUUCGAUCCGGCGGAGGUUAGGGCCGCCAUCGUCACCUGCGGCGGGUUGUGCCCCGGCAUGAACACGGUCAUCCGGGAACUCGUCGUCGGUCUAUGGGACCUCUAUGGCGUCCGCGAAAUCUUUGGCAUUCGUGCCGGAUACCGGGGAUUCUACUCGUGGGAUCCGAUCAAACUGACCCCCAAGUGGGUUGAUCAUUGGCAUAAGAGCGGGGGGACGAUCCUUCAGACGUCUCGGGGUGGGUUUGACCUCAAGAAGAUCGUGGAUGCGAUUGAAGCGCGAGGGUUUAACCAGCUUUACAUAAUUGGCGGUGAUGGCACAAUGAGAGGUGUGGUGAAGAUCUUCGAGGAAACCCAGAGGCGAAACCUGAAAAUUGGAGUGUGUGGAAUUCCAAAGACGGUGGACAACGACAUCGGGAUCAUCGACCGGUCCUUCGGCUUCCAGACUGCCGUGGAGACAGCCCAAGCAGCGAUUAAUGCAGCACAUGUAGAAGCCGAGAGUGCCGUGAAUGGGAUCGGUUUCGUUAAGCUUAUGGGCCGCAGCACCGGUCACAUUGCGCUGCACGCAACCUUGAGCAGCCGGGACGUAGACUGCUGCUUGAUCCCGGAAAAUGACUUCUAUCUCGAAGGCAAAGGCGGGCUAUUCGAGUUCCUGGAGCAGCGCCUGCGGGAGAACGGUCACGCCGUCUUGGUCGUCGCAGAAGGAGCCGGCCAGAACUUGAUUCCCCGGACGGAAUCGGAGAAGGAACAGAGGGACGAGUCGGGGAACCCUGUUCUGCUGGACGUGGGGCACUGGUUGAAGUCUGAGCUGAAAAAUUGGUGGGAGAGGGAACAUGCUGAUGAGCUGUUUACGGUCAAGUACAUCGAUCCUACCUACAUGAUCCGCGCCGUGCCGGCGAAUGCGACGGACAAUCUUUACUGCACACUGUUGGCGCACUCGGCCAUACAUGGGGUGAUGGCCGGCUACACAGGGUUCGUGCCUGGGCCGAUCAAUGGGAACUAUGCCUACAUACCGGUGGAGCAUGUUGCACAAGCCAAGAAUGUGGUGGAUACGAAGGACCAUAAGUGGGCUUGGGUGAGGUCCGUCACCAACCAGCCUGAUUUUGCCAUGCGCUAGAAGCAUUUCUCCCUUUGGAUCGAUGUUAGGGGUUCGCUGCCUCUGCUGCCAUUGCAUGUUAGGAGUCAGCCCACUUCGAUUCGUUUCACUUAUAGAUGGGGAUUUGGCUCCUCUCCAUUGAAACAUCUCUCUCUUUCUCUCUCUCUCUCUCUCUCUCUCUCUCUCUCUCUCUCUCUCUGUGUGUGUGUGUGUGUGUGUGUGUGUGUGUGUGUGUUUCCCCCUUCAGGUCUUUCUGGAGCAAUUUUUUGGGUUAUGAGAGGGAUAGGCUUAACCGUCGUCAAGUUUGUGCUUUUGUUCCUCUGUUGGCUCGGUUACGGUCUCACCUGUGUUUGUUCUGUGUGAUUGGCUAAUGGAUUGUGUUACUGGGUGAUUGCCUCUGCU